AAAAUAUAAAACAGUUUAACGUAACAUUAUGGUAUGUCAUAAACUACCGAUCAGUAAGUUAAUAUUUUCAAAUUUUCCCUUUUUUGUCUCUCUCGUAGCUUAAGUUCUAACAGUGAAUUUUAAAAACGCGAAAAUGAUUGCCACACAGAUAUUUUGUUCUAUGAUUGUUUUAAUUUCUUCAGUACAUUUUAUAACUUGUCCAUCUGUUUCUAAUGGUGGUGCAACGAAACCAGAUAUGGGAAAAUUUGCAGUUGUAAAUAAUAAAUCAGAUACUACUACAGAAUCUCAAAUUGAAGAAAAAAUGGAUCAAUCAAAUCUAGAGAAAAAAUCAACCAUUGGGCAUGUGAUAUCAAAAUCUUAUAGUGCAUUCUUCUGGCCUAUAAAGAAAUCAUGGAAUAUUUUCAAAGGGUUUAUAUCGUUACCCCGAAAUAUAUUUCUAAGAAACAAAGAAGUGAAAGGAGGAAUUAAUAAUAUUAAUUUUGAUGAUUAAUAUUUCAACUAUUUACUAUAUUAAAAUCGGUAUCGUUUAAUAAACCUAAAAAAAAAUAAUAGUUUUCUUUAUGAUUAUCAAUUUUUCACUUGUUUACAAUAAAUUACAUAAAAAAUCUUAAAAAAUUGUACUGAAUAUAAAAUUAGAUUCAUCUUGAAUAUGUGUAUGAUUAUAACUGUGAAAAUCAAUUUAUUUAUAUAAUAUUAAUAUGGUUAGAUUAAUAUCGACGCAUCAACGUCAAUGCAUCAUCACACUGCAAAUUAGAUCUAAUAUAUAUAUGGGUCAGUAAUCAGCAUCACCUAUAUUUGUCACUGACCAACUGGCGUACACAUACAAACACAUACAUCUGGUAAAGACUAUUUAAGUUGUGUGUGCACAUUGUACAGUGAAUUAUACUUUAUACUUUUAAAAACAAUCAAUUAUAGUUAAAUAUUGUUCCGUAUCGAUAAGCAUGACACGAACUCCGUCGUAUUUUGGUAAACGUUUUUGAUAUAACAAAGCAUUUAGUUAGUUUUCCCCGUGUUUUUUUUUUUUAUAAUUAUGGGGCACUAAAAAAACGAAAAAUACAGAAUGUAAUUAUCAUUUAUGAAAUAAGUCUACUUAUUAUUAAUUAUCAAUGUUAUUCCACAGUAUAAAUUGGUUUAGUAAGAGUUGAAUAUUUAAACAGUUAAUUUUGUAUUAAUGAAUUUUAUUCCCAUUUAACCAGUAAAGAAUUAAGUUUUAAUUAUAAUUAAUAAGUAUAAUAAUGCAUUACUUAAUUUGUAGGGCAAUUUUUCACAGCAAACAAAAUCAAAAACUAAAUAUUGCUUUAGAGUUUGAAAAGAUAACAAUUAACGACAUUGAUAACAAAAUAAAAUAGUUUUAUCAACUAUAUUAAUAAUUUUAGUAUCGUAUCACUUCACCAGUUCAUAAAAAAAAAAACAUUCUACUUUAAAUAUUCAGUAUUGCUAUACCACUGAUGAGGUGCCUACACACUGCAAGGGUAGCGUUAAAAUGAGUUCGGUUACAAUUUUACCACCACCGCUGAUACAAAAGAAUUUUACCGCCGCUGAAGUGUGUGAGGACUUUUAAAGAAAUAAUUGUGUAAAAACCAAAGUCACUGCGUAUUAUCAUUGAUUAUAUAUAAUUUAUUCUGAAAGUGUCACUAAUGAGUGGCUGCUUUCCUCAAAAAUUUCACGUAUUUUGUAUAAAUGUUAUUAAGGAUUUAAUGUAUUUUAUUUUAAUAAUUUCUAUAUAACUAAUCUGUUUCACAUCUACUUAUUGUGCCAAAGUGGUAGAGAUUGUAGAUUGCAUUUAAAAAUAAAAGAAAAAAAUAUAUAAUAUAUAGUAUUUAUUAUAUAUUAUUAUAGUAUAUUAUAUAAUAUAUACUAUAUAAGAGUAUUCAAAGGCGGGUCCAGGGGGGGGGCACUAGGAGCAAGUGCCACCACCGUUGGAAAAAAAUAAUGUUAAACAUUUUUUUUGGUGAUUCUUAAUGUUUUAUUUAUUUUUUAUUGUUAUAAGGUCUUCUCACAAAUUUAUUGUUUUUAUUAAAUAUUGUGUGUGGAAUCGAAAUUUGGCUAUGUUAUAUUAUUUUAUUGUGUACACGCAAAUUGUCACAAUUUAAUACCUAUAUAUAAAUUAUUUAUCCGUUCAUUGAAAGUCAGAGGGCCAUUAUCUGUAUUUUAAUUGUGGCUGUUAUUAUUUUUAAUAUAUCAUAAGUAUUCAAACUCACCGUAAUCCUGAUUCUCAAUAAAUUGAUUUAUGUAUACUUAUUUACAAAAUGUGAUAUACUUAAAUAAGAUUAAAUUCAAAAGUGUUUUCUGGAUUGUAAUAAUUAAUGAUUUUCAAAAACAAAAAUAAUAUUAUAUUAUAUAUACUUACUUAAUUUUAAAAAAUCACGGUUCAUCUAAUCAACUUAGUUAUAAAAUUCAUGGUACCAGAAAAUUCGGAGCCCAGUUUACAAUUAACGUUUUUAUUAUCUAUCUGACAUUACCGAGCUUUGUUUAUGCAAUCACCAACGCGUGAAACCAUUCCUACCUCAUGUAAUAUAUUAUAUUAUUAUUGUCAAUGUCAUUUUUUUUCUAUUGAAGUCGGAAAUGUGUUUUUAUUUAAGCUAUAUUACGCACUAUUAUUCAAUAGAUCUAUUUUUAAUAUACAAUUAUUAUCAUUGACGGUAAAGAGAACAAAAUAUUUGAAUAGAUGUAAUUCAUGUAAUUAUAUCUAUGUUCGCUGUAUAAUGUAUAAGACAAAUAAUGAUCGAUUUGAAAUGUUUUUAAAACAUUUGCUUUCUUUUUAUCAUACCAUGUAAAAUGUGGAAGUAAUAAUGUAAACAAUAUAAUAUAGAAUACAAUAAUAUUAUAUAAAUAAUUGUAUAAAUUACAGCUUUUGAAGUUUAAAAUUGUUUAACAAUAAUUGUUAUUGUCAUUGUCAACCUACCUAACAUGAAUUCCUAACUAAACAAAAUUAUUAGAAAUCUAAUAAAUUGCCAUCAUUCAUCGUAGUAUCAAACAGUUUCACAAAAACGUAAGCAUUGGCGCCUACAUUUGUACACUAUAUUAGACAAAAUCAAAAUGACUUCAAUUUUUAUGUCAGCGUUUGCGUUGUUAGUAGUGGUCCAAUGCAUUACUUGCUUAGAAAAAACAGGCACAAAUGUUGGUGCUACCAAACCUAACAAGAGCUUGUAUAUUCAUAGAUCAGAAUCUCUGUCGAAUGAAGAAGUAAUGGCCGAAGAUACCAAAGAUAAUACAGCAGAACAAUCAAUGACAAAUCGCAUUCGCAGUAUAAUCACAAAGCCUGUUGAUCUAAUUACAAAUAUAUGGCCCAUAAGAGUUUUGAGUUCACUAAAAACAGCGGUGAACAUAUUCAAUCCACAAACAACAACAAAUGAUAAGCCUUUGAAAAACUAAACAUUAUAAUGAAUAGCAGUUUCACAUUAACAAUAUUUAUCAUAAUAAUAUAAAUUUUAUUGUAGUGAUUUGUUGGAAUCAUUAAAAUAUUACUUGUUAAAUAUAAACAAACAAAAAUA